AUGUCGAAUGCCAACAGCAACACGGCUGAAUUGGGCGAGCGCAUGACCAUGUCUGAAGUGGGCAAGCAGAAGGCUGCCGAGGCGGACAUUCACGACUUCUUGCGCGAGGCCGGCGAUGCGCUGAGUUCGACGUCGAGCGCGGCAAUGCCUACGCAGAUGCCGCGAAGAAAGACUGUCAAGUCGCAGUUCGACACAACGCCCUACCAGACCGUACGGUUACAAGACCCAGACUUACCAUUACAUUCUUCCCGCAGACCUCCAUCGCCAGUAUCGCGAUCAUACCACCCCACAAAUUCUUCAGUAUCCGGCUUAUCACGGACGCCGUCUGUGAUGGAUACUGCGCCAAACAUGCCGCCGCCGGGAGAAGACCCAUACGUACCAUACCGACGGCCGCUGUCACCCGACCGACCAUAUUCGCCCACGCGCACAUCAGCGGACUACUCGCGGCCGCCAGCGUCAGUCAACUCAUAUGAGCCAGUCGACCUCCAUGGUAGCCCAAGGCCAGGCAGCCCUCAGCGGCCACUACCACCCCAGCCCUUGUUCACCGGCCGCAGACCCAACUCUCGCGGCUCCGAGGGCACCAUGGACAUGACUGAUAUGACUUCGAUACCCAUUCACGACGACGACGACGACGACCCUUUCACCGACAUUGGCGACGACAGACCAGACCUGCGAUCGCGCGACUCGUACAUGACCGAUGACACAUACACAGAUAUCUACACCGAGAUAGAUGAGAAGGCAGAGCACUACGGGCCGGCUCCCGAUGGCGCACAAGAACGACGUGGAGCGCGCGACGCCGUAAUGACGAAGAAGGAGGUUCGCUUGAUCAACGGCGAACUCAUUCUCGAGUGUAAAAUUCCUACCAUCCUCCACAGUUUCCUUCCACGACGAGACGACAUCGAGUUCACGCACAUGCGAUACACAGCCGUUACAUGCGACCCAGAUGACUUUUGCGAUCGCGGAUACAAGCUGCGCCAGAACAUCGGCAAUCCGCGCGAAACCGAACUGUUCAUCGCUAUUACCAUGUACAACGAGAACGAGAUCGACUUCACCCGAACCAUGCACGGUGUCAUGCAAAACAUCAGUCACUUCUGCUCGCGCAUGAAGUCAAGGACUUGGGGAAAGGACGGAUGGCAAAAGAUCGUCGUAUGCAUCAUUGCGGAUGGUCGUGGAAAGGUUCACCCCAGAACACUCGAUGCGAUUGCUGCCAUGGGCUGCUUCCAAGAAGGUAUCGCAAAGAACCACGUCAACCAGAAAGAGGUCACUGCCCACGUCUACGAAUACACAACCCAAGUCUCGCUGGACUCAGACCUGAAGUUCAAGGGCGCUGAAAAGGGCAUCGUUCCCUGCCAAAUGAUCUUCUGCUUGAAGGAGAAGAAUUCCAAGAAGCUGAACUCGCAUCGUUGGUUCUUCAACGCUUUUGGCCGUGCUCUGAACCCGAACGUCUGCAUUCUACUCGACGUGGGAACCAAGCCUGGACCCAAGGCUCUGUACCAUCUGUGGAAGGCCUUUGACACUGACUCCUCCGUCGCUGGAGCUGCCGGAGAAAUCAAGGCCGGCAAAGGAAAGGCGUGGCUCGGUCUGCUCAAUCCGCUUGUCGCAUCGCAAAACUUCGAAUACAAGAUGUCCAAUAUCCUUGACAAGCCAUUGGAGUCGGUGUUUGGCUACAUCACGGUCUUGCCCGGUGCGCUUUCGGCAUACAGGUAUCACGCGUUGCAAAACGAUCACACAGGCCACGGUCCUCUUAGCCAGUACUUCAAAGGAGAAACGCUCCAUGGUCAAGACGCAGAUGUAUUCACCGCGAACAUGUACUUGGCUGAAGAUCGUAUUCUGUGUUGGGAGCUUGUAGCGAAGCGCAGCGAGCAAUGGGUGUUGAAAUACGUCAAGGCGGCGACUGGUGAGACAGAUGUGCCAGAUACUGUACCCGAGUUCAUCUCCCAACGUCGUCGUUGGCUGAACGGAGCUUUCUUCGCAGCCGUCUACUCACUUCUGCAUUUCAAGCAAGUGUGGGCAACCGACCAUACCAUCGGGCGCAAGAUCCUCCUCCACAUCGAAUUCGUCUACCAGUUCGUGCAACUCUUGUUCACGUUCUUCUCGCUUGCCAACUUCUACCUGACCUUCUACUUCGUCGCCGGCUCACUGUCAGACCCGGAACUCGAUCCCUUCGGCCACAACAUCGGAAAAUACAUCUUCUACAUCCUCCGCUACACAUGCACGUUGCUCAUCUGCAUGCAAUUCAUCCUGUCUAUGGGUAACCGACCUCAAGGUGCCAAGAAGAUGUUCUUCUGGAGUAUGGUUAUGUAUGGUGUCAUCAUGGCUUACACUACCUUCGCCUCCUUCUACAUUGUCAUUGUCCAACUGAAGGAUCCGAAGGCGGAAAAGACGAUUGGUGCCAACGUCUUCACGAAUCUCAUCAUUUCGACUGCGACAACGAUUGGCCUCUACUUCCUCAUGUCCUUCAUGUACCUGGAUCCAUGGCACAUGUUCACUUCGAGCGCGCAAUACUUUGCUCUCCUCCCAUCCUACAUCGCCACACUUCAAGUUUACGCCUUCUGUAACACUCACGAUAUCACUUGGGGAACCAAGGGAGACAACGUCGCAAAGACCGAUUUAGGAGACGCCAAAGGAAAGAAGAAGGACAUUGUCGAGCUCGAGAUGCCGUCAGAGCAGUUGGAUAUCGACAGCGGCUACGACGAGGCGCUUCGCAACCUCCGUGACCGUGUCGAAGUUCCCGAGCCCCCGAUCUCUGAGUCGCAGCAACAGGAAGAUUACUACCGUGCCGUGCGUACCUACAUGGUAGUCAUCUGGCUCAUCUCUAACGCCAUCCUCGCCAUGACCGUCAGCGAAGCUUACUCGGACCGCAAAGUAACGAACAACUUCUAUCUGACCUUCAUUCUCUGGGCUGUCGCUGGUCUCGCCUUCUUCCGCGCCAUUGGCUCAACCACUUUCCUCAUCAUCAACUCUAUCCAGGCCAUCAUGGAGACGAAGCUCAAGUGGGAGGACAAGAUCGAUGACAAGAAGAGCAAUAGAACUGGUCUUGGAGGCGGCCGCAAGUAUGGACAGAACAAGUGGUGGAAGUUUGGAUUUGGCGGCGGCGGCGGCGUAUCAUCGAGUUGGUUCUCUGGCAGCACGAUUUCAAGUAAGCUUAGUAGCAUGACACCCAGUAGCUGGGGCGGCAGCAGUGUUGGAAGAUAG